AUGUCGAAAGCUACAUUGAUCGACGACCACGUAUCUGCGACACAGUCCAAGAAAGCGGUCGAUGCGCUGCUCACUCACAUGCUGAAGGUGGAAGAAAAGAAAGCCGACAACGAGUUGCUCCCGGGCAAGGAGCAGAAUAUAUGGCUAGUGGUAACGACGAAACAGAUGUACCCUGAGAAGAAGCUGAAGCCCUCCAAAAUUCCACUCGCCCAUCCAAUAAUAGAUCCACGGACAUCCCCCGUUUGCCUUAUCACGAAGGAUCCUCAGCGAGAAUACAAGGACCUACUCGAGUCUCACAAUAUUCGCUUCAUUUCCCGCGUGGUUGGCAUUACCAAACUGAAGGGGAAAUUUAAGCCCUUCGAAGCGCGGAGAUUACUGCUGAAGGAGAAUGGCCUCUUCCUUGCUGACGAGCGGGUGGUACCACUACUCCCGAAGUUAUUAGGGAAGAUGUUUUUUGAGGCAAAGAAGCAGCCGAUCCCUGUUUGUUUGACAAGGAAAGACCUUAAGGGUGAGCUCGAACGCGCGAUAUCCUCCACAUAUUUUCAUCAAAAUCAGGGAACAUGCGUCUCUAUCAAGAUUGGCACUCUUUCUCAGAAGCCAGCGCACGUCCUCGAGAAUCUGAUGAUAGCUCUGCCCGCGGUCGUAAAGAACAUCAAGGGCUCGUGGGACAACAUUCAGAGUUUCCACAUCAAAACCAACUCCUCGGCGAGUCUGCCAAUAUGGACAUGCAACUUGGGAAGCGAGGAGGGUAGUCGGUGGGGUGGGUUGAUUGUGAGUACUGAGCCAGACGAAGAAAGGGAAGAUGCGGAGGGCAAGAAGGUGCGGUCCGUCGAGACGGAGGGCAAAAAGAGAAAACGGGCGCCAUUGGAGGAGGAGGAGAGGAUGGCGAAGGCGAAGAUACGCACGAAGAAGGACCAAGUCGCAGAGCCAGAGAAGGAGCGGGUUACAGCUGCAAAGGGGGUGGAGGGUGAAAAGCCGAAGAAGAAGGCGAAGGUGGACGAUCCAGAAGAGGACGAGGAUCAGGUCGUCGCAACCACGCUAUCAUCUACGUUGAAGGAGGUGAGGUUCAAGCGAGGCGUCGAAGGACUUGAAAAGAAGAAGGUGAAGAUGGUGAAGGCAAAGCCAGGAACGAAGAGUGCGAAGGCUGCUGUCCUCGGCAAAAGAAAGGUUUAA